GGUCAGUAGGGGAUAUAUAGAAGUGAUUUAACGUGUCUAUUUGCAAGUAAAGUUAAUGAAAUUACAAUGAAGUGGUGCGUAUGUACGUAUGGAUGGAGUCGGUAAGAAAGAAUAAAGAUUGAUGUAGCUUGGGGCGCGAAUGAAAGGGUGGAGAAUCGGCGGCUGAGAAAAGCUCGGGAGGGGACGGAUUGCUGGGGUGGCUCUAGCUCGAAUGCUGAGGUCCCAUGGUGUAAUACUGCUGCCGGGGGUCGGGUUUUGGCCGGGUCGUUUGCGCGGCUGCUGCGCAGCUCGAGUCAUGUGUAUAUAUAAAGUGUAUGUAAGUGAACGAAUGUGCGCGAGAGAGAGUUUGGGGGUGUAAGUGAGGGAGAAAGAGAGAGAGAGAUGGAGAAGAACGUAGGCAAGCAAGCAAGCAACCACUACAGCAAACUUUACCAUAGUAGUUCCUGUCGUUUUCACCACUACCAGAUCGUUCCUCUCGCUUCACUUUGCGAGUACUACCCCCGGCAGCCUGGCCGAGCUUGCAGCGUACUCCCCAGUUAAGCAUAGGAGAUCCUUCACUCGGUUCGCAUCGGGUGAUAUGGAGGCGAGCAAUAGUUGUAUUGAACUAUGACGAAUUACGUGUCAGUGACCUGCUGAAGGUCUUUUUACUCAAUUUUUUAUUACUCUUAUAAUGUCUAAUGUGAAAGCUCAUGUGAAACCUUUUGAAAAGUUGUUAUUAUUAUUAUUGUCAUCAACAUCAUCAGCUCUGUAAUUGUUCUCCUUACGAAGCAUAAGGCUGCAGCCAAAUUUACAUUACAUUCAAGUUCAGUCGCCCUUUGUAGGCCCUUUUUAAUCCUCGUAUAGUAUCAUACGAGUGUUCUACGCUACAGACACCCCUCACUUCACGGAAUAUUGGACAUGGUGAAGGGGCAUGUUGGUGUUCCGGCGAUUGCUGAUCGCAGCUGCGCUUGCAGCAAUCGGUCACUGCCCUGGUGCGUUUAUUAGUUACCUAGGAUUUGGUUUAUACGUCGAUGGAACUCCCGUUGCCAGUCCUUUUACUGCAGUUACAUUAAAAAAUGAAGUUGGCUGUCGCCUAUCCGAAUUCCGAUGUGAAAACGAUCACUGCAUCGCGCAAGAUAAAUUUUGCGACGGAGAGAAUGAUUGCACGGACAAAUCAGAUGAGCCAAAAUAUUGCACUCCUUGCAAUAGAACACUUUAUGGUGAUGUGGGACGAACGUAUGAAGUGGAAGUCCGUCGUCCUCGAGAGGAUCGAUUACCGUUUAUUUGCCACCUUAAUUUUACGGCUGCAAGUGGCAAUUAUGGGGAUUUAAUUCAGCUGACGUUCGAUACAUUUACUGUUGGCCGCUUCCUGUCAUUCACAAAUCAAGGUUGUCCUGAUGGGUUUAUGACGAUCCGUGAAGCAGGUAGACCAGCAACAGGCGGACAAUGGUGUGGAAGUGCAUGGGGAUAUACUGUCUAUUAUAGUGAAACACCUUCCAUUAAUCUCACACUUUAUCUUGCCAGAUUAUCGGAACAGGGUAUUGGAUAUAACUUUGAUUUCAAAUUGUCGUAUAAAUUUUUGAAAAAAAGUGAAGCUCAUUUAAGAUAUGGAAAUAAUACUAUGGCCACAUGGCGCGGAGAUUUAGUAAAUGGAACUUAUUGUGACCGAGUUCUCACAAGAUGUGACACUCGAGCAUGUCGUCUCCAAUCACCAAAUUAUCCUGGCGUUUAUCCACGGAAUGUUACUUGUUAUUAUCGAAUUGAACAUAAACGGGCACCACCUGGUCACAGGGCCUUGCUCGCUGUGAAUCAACGGAAUAGUCAUAAAAUUCACAUCAAAGAUCAGGUCGUUAAAUAUGAUCGGAGUCAGCGAAUAUUGAGGGUAUGGGAUCAAUGUAACGUUGUUCAAGAUUAUUUGACUGUCUAUGACGGAGGCUCAACAACAGAUAGAGUUUUGGUGCGUCUUUGUGGUGGUGACACAGUACCAGAUAUUGUCAGUAGUCAUAAUACCAUGCUCCUUGAAUUUCAUACGUCCCCGUAUGAUAAUCCUUUUCAUCCCGUUCCCUUGUCGUUUCUGCCGGGUUUCGAACUCGAAGUUCACGUACUUUUUGUCGAUGACAAAUCUCGAAGUUUUGUCAAAGAAAACUCAAACUGUGACUUCUAUAUAACCAGCUACGAAAGUCCAUCGGGUAUACUUGAAAAUCCCAAACACUCACUGCCACCCAAUACAACAUGUCGAUACCACUUUCAUGGAAAACCAAAUGAAAUUGUUUGGAUAUCUUUUGUAAAAUAUUAUUCAGCAAGUACAGAUCCAUCGACUGCAAGUAUUGAUACGAAUAACGAGUGUAAUGCUAAACUUAUCAUCUGGGAUGGUGAUUUACAAUCAUCUGAAAAACAAGCAGAGAAGAAAAUUCGAUUGAUGGGACAAUUUUGCAAGGAUGAAAUACCUGUCCUAUGUGAUCAUAGUCUUUUACGAAACAGUAGCCGUCAUACACGUCCGUGCAGCCUAGCAGAAAGUUAUGUCUCAACGGGUCGAGAUUUAACACUGGAACACAUCCUACGUCAAGGCAGUGCACUGUAUCCAAUAAGCUUUGUCUUACGCUAUGAAUUCGUUCACAAUGCAAUGUCUUGCCAUCUCGUCUUCGCAUCAUCAGCCAAGUCUUCGUCAAAUCACGUGGGAUCUUCCAUGAAAAAAUCUACUGGGAUUUCCGGUAAAUUUACGUCUCCAAAAAGUGUAUUUUUUUAUGGGCGUGGUGGGGCUCACAAUCUAAGUUGUGUAUAUCGAUUUGAAGCUGAAGCCGAUCAAAAAAUAGAGAUAACUAUUUCAAAAGCUUUCUUCGGCGAUAAGAUAUGCAUGUCAUACGUGGAUCCUUUGGUAAAUCGAUGGACGUGUGAUCGACGCACAUCAGAUAUCAAAAUAAAUGGAUAUGCUGAGCUCGUCGUCACGGAAUACCCAUGGCCUGGUAUUCAACUUAUUCGUGAUUGUUUUUGCUCAAAUAUAACCCACGAUCGAAUAUCACUCACAUCGCUAACUUCCAAUAUUGUUGAGCUCAUAUUCACAGUAACGCACAUGAAUGUUACUCAAGAUUACAACGAUUUUCUUUUCGAAGGAGAAUAUCGAUUUAUUUCUAAUAGUAAUAAUAAUAAUGAUAAUACAGAGAGUAAUGAUCAAUUAUCAUCUUCAUGUCCAUCAAGGUUUGAAGAACGUAGACUACGUGGAACUAGUGGUGAAAUAUCGAUGAAAAGUCCUAUAGUUUCUAUGAAACAUUACGUAACUGCUGACGUUAAAGCAGCUGUUGAAGAAGUACUUGAGAACACUGAAGAUCUCACUGCAACUCAAUUAAUGUGUGUUAAUAGUGAACCCUGGCUUAUUGAACCAGAAGACCCUCGAAUAAAUUUCCUCUAUUUACGAACAACUGGAUUCACGAUUAAUGCUGAUAAUAUUGCAGACUGUAAAACUCUUAAUAGAAUUAUUGUUUAUUCUGCAGUUAACACAAGAGAUAAAAGUGUAAUAUGUCCAGAGUUACAUAAGAUUGACAAUGGUAAAUCGAAAACUGUAGACUUUUUCUCAGGAGGAUGGAAUUAUUCAGUGACAAAUGGAGCUAUUCCAUCAUUUAAUCCAAUAGCACAGCACUCAAGAAGUUUUGUUAUUGAAUUUAUUCAAAAGGAACCUGGCACUUACAGCGUAUCGUGGAUUGCGAUUUCAAGAAGAAGUGCUUCCAUUUCUCAAUAUCCUGGGGAUAACAGUAAUAAUGCGAUUAUUCUGACUUCUGCUGAUGAAUGUCCAUACAGAUGCCCAGAAAUUCAAGCAUGCAUUAGUUCUAUACUUUGGUGUGAUGGGAUCCGCCACUGCCCGUCAGGAUUUGACGAAGAAGAGAUCAACUGUUCUUAUCGUUUUGGAGAAACACUACUGUAUGGAGCCAUUGGAGCAGGUAUUUUGGGUAUAUUUCUCAUUUUACUUCUUGCUACUGGCUGUCUGAAAUACUGCUUAUAUCGACAUAAAUUGCGGAAAAAAAAGAAAAAGAAAAAGAAGAAAAAAUCGGUCAACUCACUGAAUGUUAAUAAUGUCCAUGUUAAUCAUACCCAUCAUCAUAAUAAUGGUUUAACAAGUAGUGGUCAAUUGAGUGGUCAGUAUAAUAGUAUCGCUAAUCCACAAGAUGUGUACAUUGAUAAUUACGGCAAGGACAGCAUUUGUUGACAAUACGCCACCGUCAAUGUGGAGACUACGGUAUGAUUACAAUUACCAUAAUAUAUUUGUUUAUUUACAUUCAAUUAUAAGCACAAUAUGAUAGUUAUUUGGAGUACAGAGCAAUAAAAAAGUAACUACUAUUGUAACAAAUAUAUUUUCAAUUUAUUCAAAAGAAAAAAAUAUAGCUUUAUUGAUUCAUUUCAUCAAUACUUUUUAUAAUGAUUUGUUAUAGAGUCUUCUAUGAUACUCGUAGAAUCGUAUUCUUACAAAAGGAAAACUAUUCUUAACCAGAGUGGAAUACUUAUUUGAAUAAAAAAUAAUAAUGAAAGUUAAAAAAAGAAAUUUUCCACAUAAUUGGAAUUAUUUUUCAAUACUUGAAUUACUUUUUUAUCUGAACUGCUUGAAAUAAUUACUAUCAAUAGAGAAAAAUUUAUUUUUUUAAAUUAUUAAAACUUAUUUAUUAGCGUAUAAUUUUAUUCGUUUAAUAAAUUAUGUUCACGUUGAGAAGAAUUAUGACCAACAUAGCCAAAACACUUCAAUUACGUUGGGUAAUUAAUCAACAGUAUUAUUAUUUAUUAGUUUCUGUUCAUCCUAUUGUUUAACCUUAACAAUGCAGCUUUUGUUAUUAAAGGUUAAUGAAAAAGUGGAGAAAAGUAUUUUAUAUUAUAUCUAUAUAAAAACAAGUUCAUUUGUAUGAAUUAUUAUUAAUCUUUGUUUUUUAUUGUUUUUUCUACUAAUUAACAAAAGAAAAGAAAUUUUAAAUAUAGAAUGACAGAAAGCUGUUUACAUCAAUUGUGGAUAUAAACAAACAAUAUUUAAUACUGAUACUAAUAUUUUUAUUUUUUACGUAAGAUUUGCAAUAAAUACAAAUAAUGUCGUGCCAAAAAAAAAUAUUUCACAGAUUAGUAUUGUAUAAGCCUUUAAAGAAAAAUCACAAAUAGGAAAAAAAAAAUAUACUUAUACCAAUUUUAUUAAAUUACGUAUAUUUGUCGCAAUAAUAAAGAAUGAAAUUUACAUACGCGAUUGAUACAUAAUUAAGCGAGUACCUUUAGAACGUCUAUAGUUCACUUACUUGCAGGUAGCGGAGCAAAUUAUUUAUUAAGUCAAAGAACAAAGAAACUGAUAAAUACAUAAAACAGACCAUAAUGAAUGAAAAAUUUUAAAAAUUAAGUCGCUGUGUUUUAUGUAGGAUGGAGAGUACUUGCGGUAUAUAACGUUAUUUAAAGAUUGUAAAACCAUGAAUGACAAAUAGAAAAAAGAUUUUUAAACAAAAAAAAAAAAACUCGAUAGGUUUGGAAUAAAUAAGAAGAAAUAAAAUGGAAUGCUCAACUGUACUGUAUCAUAAAUGAGAAAUUUUAAAUAUACUUAAUGGAAUUUCAAUUAGUCGAUAAUUAAGAAUUUCAUAAAACUGUACUUUUUCGUAUCAUCAUUAUUAUUACUGUAUUAAUUAAUAUUUGAAAGAAUCGGAAUAAGAAAGAAAGUUUCAAACUAGUUUGUCUUAACCUUCUGGUUAUCAGUGUUGCCACGAAUUGAAAUUAUCAAUUUUAAUCAAAUAAAAAACUUUUUUAUACUGUAAUAAUAACAAAAUA